AUGAGAUGUGGUGCACAUAUCCUCAAUCUGGUUGUCAGAGAUGGAUUGGAGGAAAAAAAAACCACCAUUAGCCGCAUACGAGCUGCUGUUAAGUAUGUGAAGUCCUCUCCAGCAAGAGAACACAAAUUCAGAGAGUGUCUUCUUCACUUGAAGUUAACUUCUACGGCUGGUGUAUGUCUUGAUGUUGAGACAAGAUGGAACUCAACGUAUUUGAUUUUGGAGUCGGCUUUAAAGCUUAAGAGGGGUUUUGAUAUGCUUGCAUCAGAGGAUGAUAAGUAUGUGAGCUUGGGAAGUCUGAGGGUGUCCCUACUGAACUUGAUUGGGACUAUGCAAAGGCGUAUACACCGAUCCUCAAGUUCUUUUAUGAUGCCACAUUAA